AUGUAUCUUCACUGCACACUUGUCCACACAAAAUGGAUUCUGGAAAGAGUGAACGGCCUCCCUGGUGAACACCCCUCUGGUCUCAGCGAGUCUACCGAUCUAAAUCCACUCCUCGAGCCAACCCGCUGGUGGUUCGCUUCGUCCGCUUUCCCGCUCAUAGCUGGAUGUCUGGGUCCCGUUGCCUCUGCCCUUAGUAUAUGCGCCCUUGCUCAGCCAUGGCAGCAAUACCGUCCUGCCGGCUCUCACUGGAAGGAGCGCCAUUUCCUCAAGAAUCCAAAAUGGUACACCAAUGCCUCCCUCCCCCUUCCCUCACACGAAUAUAACAAUGCUAACCAUUCACGUCCCCCUAGGAUCUUCAUCGUUAACCUCAUCCAAGUCAUCGUCGCUCUCCUCGCCAACCUCGCUCUAUUCCUCAACAUGACGCGCCGCCUCCGCUUCUCCAUCGCCCUGCCCAUCACCAUCAUCGGCUGGUACGCCUCCGCCGUCUGCCUCUGCAUCAUCACCUCGAUCGCCCACAUCUACAUCAAGCCCACCAUGCCCCAGGACCACGUCUGGUCCGAGGCCUUUGGUACGGCAUCUGGGCCGCCCCAGCGCACCCUCAUGCUGCAGACCAUCAUGUUCCUCCUCUACCUCCUCCUCGGCGCCCUCGUCUUCUCCAAGAUCGAGGGCUGGCCCUACCUCGACGGCGUCUACUGGGCCAACAUCACCCUCUUCACCAUUGGCUUCGGCGACCUCGUCCUCAACACCCACCUCGCCCGCGGCCUCCUCAUCCCCUACGCCUUUGUCGGCAUCAUCAGCGUCGCCCUCGUCAUCGGUUCCAUCCGCACCCUCGUCCUCGAGCGCGGCAGCAGACGCGUCGAUGCCCGCGUCACGGAAAAGAAGCGCCUCAAGGUCCUGCGCCGCCUCACCCGCCGCGGCCUCGACGACGUCCUCCACCCCAUCCGCGCCACCGCCGAAUUCGCCCGCCGCGAGGCCGAGUUCAAGCUCAUGCAAAUGAUUCGCCGCGAAGCCCGCGCACGCCGCCGUUGGAUCUCCCUUGCCUUUUCCCUCGCCCCCGGCCUCACCCUCUGGCUCGCCGGCGCCGCUGCCUUCCAGCAGUUCGAGCAGCCUUACCAAAAAUGGUCCUACUUUGACGGCUUCUACUUCACCUUCAUGUCUCUCACCACCCUCGGCUACGGCGACCACACCCCCGUCUCCAACGGCGGCCGGUCCUUUUUCGUCUUCUGGGCCCUCCUCGCCCUUCCCACCAUGACCGUGCUCAUCUCCAACGCCAGCGACACCGUCAUCAAGUUCAUCCGCAUCGCCACCCUCGAACUCGGCAAAAAGACCAUCCUGCCCGGCGAGCACGGCUUCGAGCGCGAUUUCGAGUUUAUCCUGUACAAGCUAUCCUUCCAUCGCCUCUUUCGCCACAAGUUCAAUAUCCGCCACCACGCCAGCAACUCGGAAGGCUUCAUGGGUCAUCUCGCGCGCUUCCGCGACAAGUACAGCGUCGGCGGCAGCCAGAUCGACGUUGGAGAAUGUCUCCACUGCAGCGACGACUUGAACACCAACGGCAACGACGACGCGGGCGGUAGGAGCGGCAGAAGCGGCAGCGAUACCAACGCCCUCCGGCGACCCGCCACCCCAACCCCCGCGACCGCUUCGAGGCCGAACCUCCUCCGCCGCCGCACCAGCAGCAGUUCCGCCCUCUCCGAAUUCACCAUCCCGCCCCGCGAUCCCGCCGACUACCACUACCGCCUCAUCUCCGCCAUCGCCGAGGUCGCCAACGACGUCAAGACCGACCAGGAAAAGCACUACACCUUUCGGAAAUGGGUCGAAGUUCGCCCCCGGCUGGGCCGCGAGGGCCUCAAGAUGUGGGAGCGCAAGGUCGAGAGGGACGCGCGCAGGCGGAGACGACAGCGCGCCCGGGACACCAAGGACGGAAAGGACGGGGAAAAGGAGGAGCAAGACCGGCUCGACGAGGAAGGCGACGAGGAAGGCGACGAGGACGAGGACUUGGAGGACACGGAGGGAGAGGACCCCGAUCGGUGGAGCUGGGUCGGGAACCACAGUCCCCUUAUGAAGGGCGUGUCCGAAGGGGAGUGGAUCCUCGAGAGGCUCAUGGCCAAGCUCAAACUCGAGUUGGAGACGGCUCGUCAUUGCAAGCGGAAACGGAGGCAGCACCGCGCACACAUUGUCCCGCCUGUGCGGAGACGGGCGCCUCCUCGUGCCGAAGGCCGACAUGGCGCAUAA